AUGUUUGAGGAACAGUUGGUCACUUUUGACAGCUCGUCCGAGCUUUUCGACCUCGUUGGAGCGACGAUUUUCACCGGCUCCAACGAUUUCAAGGGAGUCCACCAUGCAUCUCGGGCGCUUGCUGAGGAUUUCGGUCGAGUCACCAAGGGCGAUGCCAAUCCCUUUCAAGUCGCGGACGAGGGCCAGGCCGGAUUUCUGGAGCUGAAAGGAUCAAACGCGAUUAUUAUCGGCUCGAUUGAUUCAUGUUGGAUCCUCCAAGUGCUCGAAGAGUCGGGAAAAAUUGAUAGCAGUUCAAUUCGUGGGAAAUGGGAGUCGUUCAGCACCGCAGUCGUCGAGAGCCCCUUUCCUGGCUGUGAAAGGUCGCUGGUGAUUGCUGGAAGCGACAAGCGAGGUGCCAUUUUUGGCGCAUACACACUAUCUAGCCAGAUCGGAGUUUCCCCAUGGUAUUGGUGGGCAGAUGUUCCCCCGAAGUUUCACACCGAGAUCUUCGCCCUUCCUAUUCAAACCACCCACGGCGAGCCAAGCAUUCAAUACCGUGGUAUAUUUAUCAAUGAUGAGGCUCCAGCGCUGACUGGAUGGGUAUUGGAAAAGUUUGGAGGGUACAACUCGGAUUUUUACAAGAAUGUCUACGAGCUCCUGCUUCGGCUAAAGGCAAAUUUCAUGUGGCCCGCCAUGUGGCCAGGGUACCCAAACCCAGGAGCAGUCUUCUUUCUCGAUGAUCCAGAAAAUCAGCGCCUUGCAGACGAAUAUGGCAUCUGUGUCUCAACUUCCCAUCACGAGCCGAUGCAGCGAGCUACAACAGAGUGGUUCGAAGAGGGCCGCUCGGAUGGCACGUGGAAUUGGACAACCCAUAGAGAGGAGAUUAUCGAGUUUUUUCGCAAAGGCGUUACACGCGCAAAGGGUCUGGAAUCAUAUUUCACAAUGGGAAUUAGAGGGGAAUACGAUAAGGGCAUGGUUACAAAAGACCCUGGCGCCGUGGUCCGAGAUGUACUCGAACAGCAGCGGACACUGUUCAAGGAGGUACACGGUAGAGAGGAUGCUGUUCCACAAGUCCUCGCUCUAUACAAAGAGGUCCAGGACUUAUAUCAAGCGGGUGAAUUUGCGGUCCCUGAUGAUGUGACACUCUUGUUCGCCGACGACAAUUUUGGGACUCUACGCCGUCUCCCUUCUGGAUCCGAGAAGUCAAGAGCUGGGGGGUGCAGGUAUAUAUUAUCAUUUCGAGGGAAAAUUUAUCAUCAACUAAACGAAGCUUACCAGCGGAAUGCUCGAAAAAUAUGGGUGUUCAACAUCGGCGACAUAAAGCCGAUCGAAGUACCCCUGACAUUCGCAAUGUCGAUGGCUUGGAACAUCAACUUCGUGCGUCGCGACAGCAUUCCUGAAUUCCUAGAUAAUUUUGCUACGGAUUGCUUUUGUGGAGAUUUGAGCAAGGUCAUUGUCCCUAUUUGGCACGAGUACGAUCGUCUUGUUCGCCUCCGUAAACACGAGCACAUUGACCCAGAAACAUUUUCUUUGCUUCACUAUAAUGAAGCUGACAAUAUUUCAGUACGAUGGCAAGCACUAGCUUUAGCUUCAGAACGUCUUUACGAGACCGUUCCAACAGAACAAAAGGCAGCAAUUUGGGAGCUCGUGGUUCAUCCUGUCAAAUCCAGCUUCAUCUUCACCCAGCUUCGUGUCGUCCAAGCCCGUAACCAGCUUUAUGCUCGCCAGCGACGAAACACAGCCAAUAAACUUUUGCGACAAGCCCUGGAUCUUUUUGAUGCAGAUUUCAAGCUAUCCCAGGAAUUCCAUUCACUUCUGGAUGGCAAAUGGAAUUAUAUGAUGUGCCAAGCGCACAUGGGUUACGGCGAUAGCUGGCACGCUCCAUAUAGGGAUGCUAUUUUCGGCUUAGCAUACGUCCAGCGUGGUCAAAACAGCAACAUCAUUGUCGGUCAGAUGGGAGUAGCUGUGGAGGGGCACGAAGGUGUUCGACCUGGGCGAAUCAACGAGGAAAGCGAACGCACGCACCCUAGCCGGCGCGAUCUCGUCCCAGGUCUAACUCUCUCCUUGAUGAGUCGAUAUGGACCUGCAAAAAGGUGGUUCGACAUAUUCACUCGAGGCACGCAAACCAUUCACUGGAGCUGCUCAGUGCCUUACUCCUGGAUUCAUCUUUCGCAAAGUGAUGGAGUUCUUGACCCCGAUGGCGACGAUUCACGCAUCGCAAUUACGAUUGAUUGGGAGAAAGUACCGACCGAAUUUGAUGAGAAGGUUCUGAUCAACAUUUCAUCGAAAGAGGGUGACUUUGAACAUGUUCAUCUCCCUAUUCAUGGCCGGCGGGUCCCGGAAUGUUUUUCUGGCUUCGUCGAAUCAGAUGGCUGUGUCGCCAUUCCUGCUUCGGGGCUGGGAACCAAAGAGCCAUACCAGCAUCACCCCGAGCUUGGCCGAGAAAAUGAAGGGGCUGUCACAAUUGGCAAUUCAAGUUCAAUAAAUGGCAGUAUUUCCUUCCUUGAUUAUCCUAUUUAUACCUUUUCGCAUUCCACGCAAGCCACCAUUACCCUCUAUUUUAACAUGACUCUUGAGAUCGACCCAGCACACCGAAUGUCUUACGAUAUUGUUAUCGAUGAUCAGCAAACUACAUCACAUUAUCUUCUCCCCGACCCCCGUGUACCAAAUAGAUUACCGGCCGAGGGCUGGCUCGACUCUGUCAUGGAUUGCGUCUGGCGAAGGAACCAUGAUUUUCAUGAUCUUGAGAGUGGGGACCAUGUCCUUCGCCUGCGGCUAAACCAUCCGAACCUUCUUUUGGAGAAAAUCGUCCUGGAUCUUGGGGGAGUUCGGGAAAGUUAUUUAGGGCCACCGGCGAGUUUCCUUAUUGAGUCGCAGCAUUAA